CCGCCAGAAAGUUUCCGCUUGCAGAAAGUUUCUGCUCCCUUGUUCCUCUUAUUUGUUCCCCUCGAGAAGAUCUUGAACAACAAUUUUGAUGGAAGAUUGAUGUCGUUCGUAAAGGAUGUUAUGAAAUAAAUUCUCAUUUCUGAUGAAACUUACAUAUUUCAAAAAAUGCCUGCACAUACCAAUUUAGCAUACUCUAGUGAUGACGGCUUUGAAAAUUGUGCUAGAUUUGAGAACCGAGAUCCUUUUCAUAAUUCAACAUGUAGAAAUGGAAUGCCAGCUAGUUCUCAAGAAAUGAUUGUGUCAUCUCGCUCGAAAAAGCGUUAUGUGUCUGUAGCAAUAUUGUGUUUUAUAAAUUUGAUUAAUUAUAUGGACAGAUUUACAAUAGCAGGAAUCUUGGAUAAUGUACAGAAAUUCUAUUCUAUUGGAAACACUGAAGCAGGUCUUCUGCAGACAUCAUUCAUAGUCAGCUACAUGGUAAUGGCACCUGUGUUUGGGUAUUUAGGAGACAGGUAUAGUCGUAAAAUUAUCAUUGCAGCUGGUGUGACAUUCUGGAGUAUCACUACUUUACUGGGAUCUUUCAUUCCUUCACAUCUUUUUGGAAUAUUUAUUUUUUUGAGAGCCCUUGUUGGAACUGGUGAAGCAAGUUAUUCCACUAUAGCACCAACCAUAAUUGCAGAUUUAUUUUCAAAAGAUAGACGAUCAAAAAUGUUGGCAGUAUUUUAUUUUGCUAUUCCUGUUGGCAGUGGACUAGGUUACAUAAUUGGAGACCAGAUUACUGCAGCAAUGGGAGAAUGGCAAUGGGCUUUGCGUAUUACUCCAGGAUUAGGACUGCUUUCAGUUGUCCUUACAUUACUGUAUGUCAGAGAUCCACCCAGAGGAGAGGCUGAAGGAGGAUCCAAUCUGAGAUCAACUACACUUUACAGUGACUUGUCUGAUUUAUGUAAAACAAAAUCCUUUGUGUUUUCAACAUUAGGAUUCACAAGUGUCACAUUUGCAACUGGUGCAUUAGCAUGGUUUGGCCCUAAAUAUAUGGAACUGGCUAUAAAACAGAGAGCUGUAGGCUCCCCACCACAAAAAGCAGCCUUGAUUUUUGGGUUUAUUACAUGUGUUGCUGGUAUUGUUGGGGUAUUAAUAGGAUCCAUCAGUUCUCAGUAUUUAAGACGUUUAAAUGCAAGAGCUGAUCCUUUAAUAUGUGCUUUUGGGGUCUUGGCAAGUGUACCUCUUGUGUAUGCAGGAGUUGUUAUAGCAGACAGUAAUUUGACUCUCUCAUGGAUUCUCAUUUUUCUUGGAGAAGUUUGCUUAUGUGUCAAUUGGACAAUUGUAGCUGAUAUGCUGCUGUAUGUAAUUAUCCCAACAAGGAGAUCGAUAGCAGAAGCUGUACAAAUACUUGUUUCUCAUGCACUUGGUGAUGCUUCUAGUCCUUAUGUCAUAGGAAUUGUAUCUGAUGCAAUCAUUCACAGUAAAAAUCCAAGUAUUGAUGAAUUUUUAAGCCUUCAGUAUGCAUUGUAUAUACCGACAGGUGUUUUGAUAAUUGGUGGUUUUUUCUUUUUCUUAACUGCUGUGUACAUCGAAAAGGAUAAAGCAAAAUGUAGUUUAGUGACUCAUGGAAAAAUUGGAAAAAACAGUACAAAAGUGUGGCUCCAGAGCUGCAUGUGGCUGUUUGGCUCCUUAAGUGCGGCUCCGGUACAAAUAUCCACGGAAGGCGCAACAAUAUUUUCAUUUAAAAAAACUUGGUGUUUACCCACCACUUCAUAUUUUUACUGAAGAUCUAAUCCAAAUAUCGGCUGAUGAUAUGUGGCCAAGUGAUUCAAGACAGCUUAUAUAAGUGUUGUUUUAAAACUGAAAACAAUGUUGAAAAAAGUUACAAUAUUCCUGUGAAAAGUGCGAUUAAGAUGAAGGAAGAAACUGGCGGAAAAAGUGUAAAUCUCUUACAUAUUCAAGAAAUAAGAUUGUAAAUAUUUUAACAUUCCCCCCUGU